AUGGCCAAUGGUACUUCAGGCCACUCAUUCGGUGCCCAGGGACAGACGGCUUUGUACCCUUUUUUUUUUUUUUUUUUUAUCUCUCAGAUGAACAUCUGUGCCAUGAAACGGAACCGGGUCCUCACAGAAGCCCAGAGCAACAAUGUGAAGGUCUUCCCACGCCCUCUGUCUAGGGUGAAUGGCUGGACACCACCCCUCCACUCCUUCCAGGCAAUAACUUGGACCACCUACCUGGCCAUGUCCAUUGUCACCUUUGGGAUCUUCAUCCCCUUUCUACCACCUAGCUGGAAACAUGCUGCCAAUCUUGUGAUGGGUGGGGUGUUUAUGUUCCACCUCAUCGUGCACUUGACCGCAAUUACCAUCGAUCCAGCUGCCACCAGUGUCCGACUCAAAAAGGACUACUCAGAGCCGGUGCCGACCUUCGACCGGUCCAAACACGCACAUGUGAUUCAGAACGAGUAUUGCAACCUGUGUGGCGUUACCGUGGGCAAGAAAGCCAAACAUUGCAGCGCCUGCAACAAAUGUAUCUCUGGCUUUGACCAUCACUGCAAAUGGUUGAACAACUGUGUCGGCAGCAGAAACUACUGGUGGUUCUUCUGCUCUGUGGCCUCAGCUGCACUUGGGCUUCUUGGAGUAAUGGUUAUCUUGUUGUACAUCUUCAUCCAGCACUUUGUCAACGCGGAGGAGCUUCGCACCGACCCCCUCUAUGAAGAGAUCAGCUCUAAGGACAUAUGGCUGCUGUUCCUCCCACUGUGGCCUGUGCCCGUGAAGACCCCUGUGUUCCUUUCCAUCGUGGUGGUGGUAUUUCUGCCAGCCAUCGCCAGCUUUGUGCCACUCGUGCACCUGCUCCGCUUCCACUGCUACCUGAUUGCCAAGAACUUGAGCACAUUUGACUACACGGUACAGAAAGGAUCCCGGAAGAGUCUACAUCCAGAAGAGAAGAAAGAGCUACCUCUACAGAAGAAAGGAAGCCUUCCUCAGGAAAAGAGUAACAGGAGCGUGUCCCAGUCCUCACCCAGACGGGAGUCCCAGAAGUCCGUGCUGUCUACCCUUUCGCAGCAGUCAAGCAUCAUUCUGAUAAAUUACGUGAAAGAAGCUCUCAUCGCUGCCACUGAGGUGGUUAAGGCUCUAUGA